AUUACGUCAAUGCUGUAGACCCCUAUAGGAUAAUAUUGCUCGGUCUGGAAAGGUAGCCAUUGUUGGUGUUCGGAUUCUUGGCUAAUACUGAUUGAGAAUUAUUGAGUCCGCAUUUGUUUGUGCCAUCUGGAAAUUAAACUUGCGUGUGUAGGAAAUAGGUGAUGUCUACAAUGAAUCCCGAAUAUGAUUACCUCUUCAAAUUGCUGUUGAUUGGUGACUCAGGAGUUGGAAAAUCAUGUCUUUUGCUUAGAUUUGCAGAUGACACAUAUACAGAGAGUUACAUCAGUACUAUUGGAGUCGACUUUAAAAUACGUACCAUCGAUUUGGAUGGAAAAACAAUAAAACUCCAGAUUUGGGACACGGCCGGACAGGAACGGUUCCGAACGAUUACAUCAAGUUACUACCGAGGUGCACAUGGUAUUAUUGUGGUGUAUGACUGCACAGAUCAAGAAUCUUUCAACAAUGUAAAGCAGUGGUUAGAAGAAAUUGAUCGUUACGCGUGUGACAAUGUUAACAAACUGUUGGUAGGAAACAAAUGUGACCUUACAACUAAAAAGGUUGUUGAUUAUACGACCGCAAAGGAGUAUGCUGACCAACUCGGAAUUCCGUUUUUGGAAACGUCAGCUAAGAAUGCAACAAAUGUAGAACAGGCAUUCAUGACAAUGGCUGCUGAAAUAAAGAACAGGGUGGGACCACCUUCAUCAGCAGCAGAAACUGCUCAUAAAGUAAAGAUAGACCAAGGACAGCCUAUAGAGACGACCAAGUCUGGAUGCUGCUGAAACUAGUAGUAAUAUAUACAGAGCAUGGGACAGUUUCCCAUACUGAAGUGUCAUACAAGAAGGGGCAUGGUUUUCCAGAUACUUAACUAAGCUGUGUCAAGAUUUUUGUGAAUAUAAUUUGAUCCAAAGAGUAACUGGAAUACCACUUGACAUGAACUGAUUGGAUAGUUUGGUUUCCAGCACAUUUGAUUCGGAGUGUUAUUUGUAGCAGUGAAGGCAGUUGUGCACCAAAUUUUAGCUCUAGUAUCGUCAUUAUUCCUGAGUGUGUCUGUAGUUGUGUCUGGAGCAAAUCAUGCUGGCGGGUGAGGCUUGCUUCUGGAAUAGCCCCAUAAUUUAUGUCAAUUUGAAGAACAACAUCUAAAUUGUAUGGUCAUUGAAGUGUAUUUAAUAAAUAAAUUUGAUAUUUCUAAGAAUUUCACAUGUGUAAAAAUAUACAUAAUAUACAUAUAUAUAAAUACGUAAUAUACUUUCUUCUUUUGUGAACAUUUUUCGGAUAUUGAGAUAAAAUUUCCUUGGGAGGGGGGGAUUUUUUUUCGCACUGAAUGCUUGUUAAUGUAUAAUUUUAUUUAAUUACUCCACCUUUGCCAGUGGACAUGACUACAGAGGGCUUUCUUUCAUGCAUCUGUGUUGUACAGAGGUGUACCAAGUAGUAAUUCGAAGUCUGUCAUUCCAUAAUUAUAAGACCUAUUGUAGCUGUCUGUGUUUUUCCUCAGUGAAGUCAAAUAAAUGUUCUAAAUAUAUAGAAUAGGCUGUCUUUUCAUUGGUACCCCAUGCAUUAUUUUUGUUAGCACAUUUUGUGUAGAUGUGUUGAAACUACUGUUUUCUGGUUUAUCUACACUUUUGCCUUGAAUUUAAUUUAUAAAUAAAAUAAGCUAUACUAUGUAGAUGCUAAGAAGUGUAAGGGAUGUGGAUCUUGAAGGUUACUGUGGUAUUAUACUAGAGCCUUACUUAAAUUUGCUUUUAAUAAAUAUGUUCAAUGUGACUGCUUGUAGGUUUCACAUUUUAUCUAUGGUUUUGGUGUUAAAUUUAUUUGUCAGAAUAUGAAAAGUUGUGCAUAGUAUGCAAGAUUGUCCUUUUGGGGCUCAUAUGAAUAAUAUGUUUGUGUGUACGUAUAUGCAUACAUUUUUCACUAGUGGCUCCAUGCAAUCAGAUUCCUGGUAUUAAUUGUGGCUGUUUGUACAUUAUAAUGUAUUACAGUAAAUAACUAAAAAUAAGCCAAAAGAAUGUAUUCUUAUAAGUAGGAAUGUCAUUAUUAAAAUGUUUGCGUGAAUGAUGAUAAUAUGCACUAAUGUAAUAAUGUUGAUAGAUUUUUACUGGAGUCCGUUGUAAAUCUGGAUAUGUAUCGGGUAUACCUGCAUGAAAAUAGUGUAAUUAGAUUCUUCUUUGACUUCUCUGUAAUCCUCAUGGAAUGUUAUAAGUAUCUGAAAGUACUUGAUAUUAAUUUUUAAAACUAAUACAUGAAUAUUCUUUUCAUAAGUUAACGUUAGUGAAUGUCUGGUUGUAUGCACAGGAUUGAAUGAGAAUUAUAAUUUGCAGAGUAGCGGUAGAAGUAGCUUUUAUUGUAACACUAUAAAAAUUAUAACUUAAAAUUGUUAUAUUGUAAGUGCUGUAAUGACCACAUAGUUUGAAUUGUGUUGUUUAGAUAUGUACACUGGCGAAGCUUUUCUCCAUUUUGAAAAAAUUGGCACUUUUUGCCUUUCAUGUACAAUUUGAAUGGAAUUCAUUCUUUUUUUUCUGACUUGUGUUGUGUUUGUAGAAAAAGGUGCUUUUUAGAAAUAGAAUUUAAUCAUAUCGUU